AUGACGCACCAUCAUCUUCAACUCAUUCCAUUCCCAACCAAUGAUCCAAAAGAUCCCUUACGCUGGCCGUUUGGCCUCAAGAUCGCAGCCAUCGUGGUGACAUCUCUGCACAACUUUGUCUCCAACAUGGGAGGAUCUGGCAUCUCUGUUGCCCUCCCCCUCCUCAUGGAGGAGUUUCACAAGUCCCAGUCUGAGGCAACCCAAGUUCUGACUUUUAACUUCCUCUUUCUCGGCAUUGGAAACAUCUUUUGGGUGCCAAUUGCUAUGAAAUUUGGCAAACGCGCCUCCCUCCUUUCGUCAAUGGCGAUGCAGGCAGGGAUGUUGGCCUGGAGCGCGGCGACAACAUCAUUCGACAGCCUGGUCGUUGCCAGAUGCUUGCUGGGGUUUGCUGCCGCAGCCGGCGAGAGCAUUGUUCCCGAAAUCGUGGCCGAUACUACCUUUGUUCAUCAGCGCGGAGCCAUGAUGUCCAUUUACGUUGUGCUCAUCUCUGGGGGAAGUGCAGUCGGUCCACUCAUUGCCGGCUUCAUGACCACAUUGACUGCCGACACGUGGCGCUCCUUUUUAUGGCUCUGCUGUGGCCUGGCGAUCUUCAAUCUGAUCUUGAUAUUCUUCUUGUUUCCUGAAUCCAACUUCUCCCGCCCCGAGCUCGACUUGACCACCAAUCAGCUGGAGACGUUGCAGAACCGGACAAGAUUUAAGGAAGGCAAGCCUGAGGAGGAGUUUUGUGAGGACACGAAAUCAGUUCGCUCAGCAUCAGAUGAUUACACCAUCUACACCCCCUCCGCGCGGGAGAUCCUGCCGCCUGUCUCGUACGACCGAGAUGUUAAUCUCCUGAAAGCCAUGAUAGACCCGCUCAAGCUCCUGGUCCAUCCGUCUGUAUUGUGGGGGAUUUUCACUUACACCAUCACACUGAGCCCCCAGGUAAUCCUGAUCUUCACCAUGUCUCCUCUCCUCCUAGCCCCUCCCUACCUCUUCUCGACAGAAUCUGUGGGCUUGAUGCAAAUUGCAGCCAUGAUUGGUUUUGUGGUUGCUUGCUAUGGUGGUGGCGGUCUGUCUGAUGUAAUCACUGGCUACAUCGUCCGCCACUCCUCCAGCCAGAAAAUCUGGCCAGAGCAGCGCCUGAUCUCCCUCAUUCCCGGCAUGGCCUUUGGCCCUGCGGGGUGUAUUCUACUUGCUUUUGCUUGUGACAACCAGCUCCACUGGAGUGCUAUUGCCGUUGGUUUCGGUCUGCUUUCCUUCGGAUCAGUCUACACGCCUAACAUUGCCAUCACAUAUAUUGUUCACCGCCAUCAAAGAGACGCGGCCAAAUCUCUUGUCUUGAUCAAUGUAUUCAAAAAUCUGAUCACAUUCAUCUUCCUAUAUGUGGCGGUCGACUGGGCCAACAAAAGCGGUUAUGUUCAGGUGUACAUGAUCAUGUUCAUGCUGAAUGUCCUGGUCCUUAUUUUUGCCGUGCCAUUGUAUUUCUUCGAUGCCAAGAAACGACGGAAUGUGGAAGACUACUAA